CCCUGCCCCGGGCCGCAGAGAGGCGGGACUCGCUGGAAAGAGCCAAUAAAGGACGAAGAAGCCGCCCGAAGAAGAGCCAAUAGACGCGUCGAGUCGGUUGACGGACCCCAGAGGGGAAAGGGUGGGCUGGGGCGGCGGCCAAUGGGAGCUGAGGAACCGCGGGACACGUGGGUAGAGGAGCGGGGCUCAGGGGCAGAGAAGCGCCGGAGCCGGGCGUAUACAGAGCAGAAUGCAGACCACGGGGGCUCUCCUCAUUUCUCCAGCCCUGAUCCGCUGCUGUACCAGGGGUCUGGUCAGGCCUUUAUCUGCAUCUGUCCUGAGUAGGUCAGAGAUCCGUUGUUUUGAACAGCCUACUUCUAGCAGUACCCCGCUUCAGGUGGCCCGUCGGGAGUUCCAGACCAGCACUAUUUCCCGAGAUAUUGACACAGCUGCCAAGUUCAUUGGGGCUGGGGCUGCCACUGUUGGUGUGGCUGGCUCAGGGGCAGGAAUCGGGACAGUGUUUGGCAGUUUAAUCAUCGGCUAUGCCAGGAACCCAUCUCUCAAGCAGCAGCUUUUCUCCUACGCCAUCCUGGGUUUUGCCCUAUCUGAAGCUAUGGGGCUCUUCUGUUUGAUGGUAGCCUUCCUCAUCCUUUUCGCCAUGUGAGGCUCUGUGGAGGGUCACCUGUCUCCAUCCUGCUGCUUUGACUCCAGUCCCAAGCCCUUUACUGGAGUGUUCCGAGCUUUAACAUUAAAAACCAUGUUUCUCUAAA